AUGUGGGUCCUAUAUCCUGGAAACCUGGGUCCCCCUGUCCCGGAAACCUGGGUCCUAUAUCCUGGAAAUCUGGGUCUCCUCAUCCCGGAAACGUGCCCCUACGCCCCCCUGGUGCCCCCCCCCGGCCCCCUGGGUGCCCCCCGCAGCCCCGGGCCCCCCCGGCCCCCCCCGGGGGGUUGGGGGGUGCUGUGCGGCGCCUUCCUGCAGGUGGCGCUGGUGUGCGGGGGGGUGCGCGCGCUGGGGCUCUGCCUGCGGCCGCUAGGGGGCGCCUUCGGGGCCAGGGCGGGGGCGGCGGCGUGGGUGGGCUCCGCCCCUUUGGCAGCGCUGCAGCUGGGGGGGCCCCUGGGCAGCACCCUGAGCACCCGCUUCGGCGCCCGCCCCGUGGCCAUGGCUGGGGGGUUCCUCUCGGGCCUGGGGCUCCUCCUGGGGGCCUUCGCCACCCACCUGACCCACCUCUACCUCAGCGUGGGGGUGCUGGCGGGCCUGGGCUGGGCGUUGGUCUUCACACCCUCGCUGGGGACCGUGGGCCGCUACUUCCCGGCGCGACGGGCGCUGGCCACCGGGCUGGCGGUGUCGGGCGCCAGCGUCUCGGGACUGGCCCUGGGGCCACUGGUCCCGCUGCUGCUGGACACCUACGGCUGGCGGGGGGCUCUGCUCCUCCUGGCCGCCAUCUCCUUCAACUUGGUGGCCGCCGGCGCUCUUCUCCGACCGCUGCCCGUCCCUAACGAGUCCCCGGGGCCGCCGCGGGAUGGGCGGGGGCUGAUCCGGUUGCUACGGCACGGCCCCUUCCUCCGCUACGCCUUGGCCUUCGUCUUGGUGGACGCCGGCUACUACGUGCCCUUCGUCCACGGGGCGGCUCGUGCCCACGAGGUGGGGUGCGACGAGCACCGUGCCGGGUUGGUGAUGGCGGCGAUGGCGGCGAUCGAUGGAGGAGGUCGGGUCGCCGCUGGCUGGUUGGCCGCCCGCCCGGCCGUCCCCCUGCUCCGUCACCUUUUUGCCUGGGCGGUGCUGACGGGUUUGACGUUGUUGCUCCUGCCCUUGGGGACGUCUUUCGGGGGUCUCUUGGCCUUGGCCUUGGCCUACGGGUUCUGCGCCGGGGCCCUCGUACCCCUCCAGUUCGCCGGCGUGGCCGAGGUGGUCGGCGCUGGGCGGUUGGUCCACGCCAUCGGCCUCAUGCAGAUGUUCGAGAGCUUCGGGUCGCUGCUGGGGGCACCUUUUGCUGGUUGGCUGCGGGACGUGACCGGGACCUACACCAUCUCCUUCCUCGCUGCCGGUGCCUUCCUCCUGGCCGGGAGCCUCCUCAUCCUCACCCUCCCCGGCUUCUUCCACGCUUCCCGGGGUGUCAGCGGCAAAGAGGGGAGCCCCAUCCCGGCCCCCGAUGGCCCCGAGUCCCCCCCGAGCCCCCCCGAGCCGCUUUAGAACUGAAAACCUUCUGCUCCCCACAAAGCUGGGCCCGGGCUCCCGUCCUUCCUUCAGCACCCAUGGGUGGGGU